UAUGAUACAUAAACUCAUAAAGACAAGAGGAAAAAAACCACAAGAUUAGGAGGCAUAAGAUUAGGAGUCUCGCGACGCGCAAUGCUAAUUGUAAUUAACAAUAAGAAAAUAAAGAACAGCACCAAUAAUUAACAUUAGUGACUAUAAAUUAGAGGCUCGAUUAUCCAAGCUAAACCACAGCCCAUCACUAAUUUACUACACUGACCUUAUUUUGAGGAAAACAAUGCAUGAACACAUGGGGUUGCAUGGCUACAAAAGCUAUUCAAUUCAAACUUAAACCUUAGUAUAAAAAAUUACCCAUCCUAAAUCAAUAUUAUGAAGACAGACACAAAACACAGAACCCCGAGGUGAAAGCUGGUGGGCUAUUAACUAAACAAACUCAUAAUCUUUCAUCACCUAAAAUUUUUUAUACACUCUUUUUUGCUUGCUUGUUUUGAAAGCAUUGUAAUCUUAAACUGAUGAGUAAGCAGUUGCCCAAGAGAGAGUGAAAACCAAUGCAAAAACUAGAAGAGAAAUGUGGGGUUUGAGGCCAGUGUCAAUGCCAAUGCCGAUGCCAGCGCCGAUGCCAAGGCAACCCUUCAAGCCCCACCACAAACAACACCGUAUCCGCCGCCACGUCCAUCUUCAUCUUAUCCUUUUCCUAACUCUUUCUCUCUCUUCAUUUUUCUUCCCCACAUCUUUUGCAUACACAAACAAUGAAGUUUUCUUCCUACAUUCAUGGCUUCAUAGCUCUUCCCAACCUCCACCACCUUCUGCUUUCUUAAACUGGAACCCUUUGGACCAAAACCCUUGUAAAUGGUCUUUUAUUACUUGCACUUCUGACUACUUUGUUUCUGAAAUAAACAUUCAGUCAAUCCAAUUGGCUUUACCUUUCCCUUCAAAUAUCUCAACCCUUAGCCACCUUCAGAAACUGACCAUUUCUAGUUGUAAUCUCACUGGUUCAAUCCCGGAAAGCGUAGGGGAUAGCCUGCAGCUGACAUUACUUGAUCUCAGCUCGAAUGGGUUAGUCGGCUAUAUCCCUCGUACAAUCGGGAAGCUUAAGAACCUGCAAGAUUUGACUCUGAACUCCAAUCAGCUCACUGGAAAAAUCCCAGCUGAGUUAGGUGACUGUGUUAGCCUAGAAAAUCUUUCGCUCUUUGAUAACAACUUCAAUGGUGAGCUCCCAGCUGAGCUUGGCAGACUCACAAAUCUGCAGGCAUUGAGGGCAGGCGGAAACAAAGACAUCUCUGGGCCGAUACCAGAAGAGCUAGGGCAAUGCCAGAAUUUGACAGUGCUUGGGUUGGCAGAUACAAAGAUUUCGGGGUCGCUUCCAAGGUCACUGGGCCAGCUGAGGAAACUCGACACCAUUGCAGUUUAUACUACAAUGCUGUCAGGGGAGAUCCCACCAGAACUAGGUAACUGCUCUGAGCUUGUGAACUUGUAUCUCUAUCAAAAUAGUCUUUCUGGGUCAAUCCCUAAAGAAUUAGGCAAGCUAGAGAAGCUAGAGAAGUUGCUGCUUUGGCAGAAUAAUUUGUCUGGUGCAAUUCCUGAAGAGAUUGGGAAUAUCUCAAGCUUGGUAAUUAUUGAUCUUUCAUUGAAUACUCUAUCUGGGACUAUACCUUUAUCAUUUGGGAACCUACCUAACCUCCUAGAGAUAAUGCUGAGUAGUAAUAACAUUUCUGGCUCAAUUCCAACAGUUAUUUCCAAUGCUGCAAAUUUAGUACAAUUGCAGGUUGAUAAUAAUCAGAUAACAGGCUCUGUCCCAGCGGAGCUAGGAAGGUUAAGUGGGCUGCAAAUCCUCUUUGCCUGGCAGAAUAGGCUUGAGGGGAGCAUUCCUUCUGCAUUGGCUAAUUGUAGCAGCCUCCAAGCUUUAGAUUUGUCACACAACUCACUCACUGGUAGUUUGCCCUCUGGUCUGUUUCAGCUUCAAAACCUCACGAAGCUGCUGCUGAUUUCCAAUCACAUUUCAGGUUCAAUCCCACCUGAGAUUGGGAAUUGCAAGUCCCUCAUUCGUCUCCGCCUUUUUAACAAUAGGAUCACUGGGGAAAUUCCAAAAGAAAUAGGUUUCCUUGGAAGUAUUAGUUUUCUUGAUUUAUCUCAUAACCGCCUUUCUGGGUCAGUUCCAGAUGAGAUAAGCAAGUGCAAAGAGUUGCAGAUGCUGAAUCUGAGCAACAAUACAAUCAGGGGCUCAAUUCCUGACGCACUGUCAUCUUUGAGAAAGCUUCAAGCGCUGGAUCUGUCAUAUAACCUACUUACAGGUCCAAUUCCAGAUGGUUUUGGCCAGCUAGAUUCAAUUAAUUCACUCAUUCUUAGAGGAAAUUCUCUCUCUGGAUCAAUCCCAUCAUCCCUUGGAAGCUGUUUGGAGCUUCAACUGAUAGAUUUAAGCAGCAACGGAUUUUCAGGAAGGAUCCCACAGGAGCUUUUCCAAAUUCAAGACCUUGAUAUUGCCUUAAAUUUGAGCUGUAACAAUCUUUCAGGUGUUAUACCCCUGCAGAUUUCUUCCCUAAAGAAGCUGAACAUUCUAGACAUGUCUCACAACAGGCUUGAAGGCAGUCUGAUGCAGCUCUCUGCGUUGGAUAAUCUGGUGUCUCUGAAUGUAUCUUACAACAAUUUCACAGGUUUUCUACCAGAUAACAAGCUAUUUCGACAGCUAUCGUCUAAGGAGUUGGAAGGAAAUCAAGGAUUGUGCUCACAAAAUCAUGAUUCAUGCUUUGUAGGUGAUGGCAUUGGAUCAGAUACAGGGCAUAGUAGGCAGUCAAAGAAAUUGAAAUUGGCAAUCGGUUUACUGGUAGCUCUGACUGUCAUACUGGUGGCUCUAGGUGUCAUUGCAGUUUCUAGGGCAAGGAAAAUGAUUAAAGAUGACAGUGAGUCUGAGAUUGGGAUGAAUGCCUGGCCAUGGCAAUUCACCCCUUUCCAAAAGCUAAAUUUCGCACUUGAUGAUGUUCUGAAGAGCCUGGUGGAGAGUAAUAUCAUUGGAAAAGGAUGUUCAGGGAUAGUUUAUCGAGCAGAAACGGAAAAUGGGGAGCUGAUUGCAGUAAAGAAGCUAUGGCCAGCAACAAUGGGAACCAAACAUGAUUGUCAGAAAGACAGAUUCAAGGACAAUGGACGUGAUUCCUUCUCAGCUGAGGUAAAGACUCUUGGUUCCAUUCGCCACAAAAACAUAGUUAGGUUCUUGGGAUGUUGUUGGAACAAGAAUACAAGGUUGCUUAUGUAUGAUUACAUGCCUAAUGGAAGCUUAGGGAGUCUUCUACAUGAAAGGAGUGGAAGUUGCUUGGACUGGGAUCUAAGGUAUAAGAUCAUCCUAGGGGCAGCUCAAGGAUUAGCUUAUCUGCAUCAUGAUUGUGUUCCUCCUAUAGUUCAUAGGGAUAUCAAAGUCAACAACAUUCUAAUAGGCCUUGAUUUUGAGCCCUACAUUGCUGACUUCGGCCUAGCCAAGCUUGUUGAUGAUGGGGAUUUUGCUCGGUCUUCCAGCACUGUUGCCGGUUCCUAUGGCUACAUGGCACCUGAGUAUGGCUACAUGAUGAAGGUUACAGAGAAGAGUGACGUGUAUAGCUACGGAGUAGUCAUGUUAGAAGUAUUAACAGGGAAGCAACCAAUUGACCCAACCAUACCUGACGGUCUACAUAUUGUAGAAUGGGUGAGACUAAGGAAAGGAGGUGCAGACGUAAUAGACCAACAGUUAAAGGGAAGAUCAGAAUCAGAAGUCGAGGAGAUGAUGCAAACAAUUGGAGUGGCAUUACUCUGUGUAACACCCUCCCCUAAUGACCGCCCCACCAUGAAAGACGUAGCAGCCAUGCUCAAAGAAAUACGACAAGAAAGAGAAGCAGAUUGCACAAAGGCUGACACACUACUUAAAGGAUCACCAAUGUCAAAAGACCAACAAACAAGCAAUACCAACAGCUCCAAAGGAGGACCAUCUACAGCAAUGCAACAACAUUUAUACACACGAAGCAAUAAUACGAGCUUUUCGGCUUCGUCUCUCCUAUAUUCUUCCUCCAAUGGCAACAUUACAUUCAAAUAAUAGCCUACAAUGUCAGCCAUUCACUAGGAUAUAAAAUUUGUUUCUUCUUACUAGGUUCUGUAUCUUCCCUUUAUCUUAUGCUUAACCUUCAUUAGAGUGUAUCAGGGGGUAAAAAAUGACGAGCCGAAUUCGACAAACUGGAUAGAAUCAGGCAUUUCUGGUUCUGAUCAUAUACUAUAAGCAAUAACAUGCUACCAUCUAUAGUUUUGUAUAAAUGCAAGAACAAAUUUUAUAUCAUCAAAUUCCAUUAACAUAGUCAAACUAUCAUGUAGUUAAAUUCAGCUAGGCGUUUUAUCGAACAGGUUAU